GUCUGUUCCCACCCACCUGCCUGACGCGCGGUGACCAAGCCUUGCUACCUCUCGUGCUAAACUUUCACACUUUACACACCAGAGGACAGCGAUAAUGGCGGAACACGGACUGACAAACGAAGCCGCUGCAGCUGCCUGUAAAGAUGGAAACCCGAUCACUAAGGAUUUCAUGAUGCAGCAGACGAUGCUUAGAGUAAAAGACCCGGUUAAGUCACUGGAUUUCUACACACGCAUCCUGGGAAUGACUCUGCUGCAGAAAAUCGAUUACCCCUCCAUGCACUUCUCUCUCUACUUUUUGGGUUAUGAAGAUAAAAAAGAAAUCCCAUCUGACAUCAAGGAGAGGACGGCGUGGACCUUCUCGCGCCGAGCCACCAUCGAGCUCACGCAUAACUGGGGUUCGGAGACAGAUGAGAUUCAGUCGUACCAUAACGGAAACUCAGACCCUCGAGGUUUUGGUCACUUGGGAAUCGCUGUGCCGGAUGUUCACGCCGCCUGCAAGCUGUUCGAGGAGCAGGGAGUGACGUUUGUUAAAAAGCCUGAUGACGGUAAAAUGAAGGGUCUGGCUUUCAUUCAGGACCCGGAUGGCUACUGGAUUGAGAUUCUGAGCCCCAACAACAUGGUGUCCAUCACCUCGUAAGGACGCCGCCAUAGCCAUGUGAUCAGCUAGCAAACGUUAUCAGAGAAAGUUGGUGAAAAGAAAGCGAAAGAAAUGAAAAACCGAGCCGUACUUUAAUGACCUCAAACUUACGGAGAGGGCGAAUCAGGAGAAGCUCACGACGAGGUGCAGCCAGUGUUGAACGGCCCGAACAGCCAUGACGAGCCCAUGAGAUUUACCUACAAACUCAUCACUGACAAUUAAACACUAAUUAUUAAACAUGGACUACAUUCUAAUCAAUAUGCUAACAAAUAUCACUUUAAACAGCUUUAGAGUCUUUCCUGUCACAUUUUGUUUUGUUUAGAGUUAUUCGAAUGCCCUCUUCUACAUGUUGCCAAAAUUUAUAGUAGAUUUGGACAAUAAAACAAAAUCUCAACAAAA